AUGGGCGGCGAUAUUAUGAACUGGCAAUCGUCAUACUUCUCCGGCUGUAUGUCGCCGUCGUGCGUUCCGGUGCACGAAGAAUACUCUCGCAUCGACACGACAAAUCACAGCGGCAAUCGUAGCCGGAGAUUGAGAAGAAUGCUGAGGAAACUGGUGAAGGAUAGCAAGAACUUCUAUGGAUCCUCCAAACCUUUAACGUUUAAAUACGAUGCCGUUAGCUAUUCGCAGAACUUCGACGAUGGCUGCCACAAAGACGAAUAUGCCAUCCAUGUCCAUCAGCAUAUGUUUCGAGAUUUCAGAUGA